AUGCGAGCGCCACCGCCUUGUGAAGAAGGUUUGGGUAGGGAACAGCGGCGAGAGGAGGAGCCCACGCAUGCUGUGUUGCAUUACCGCACUGGCUCCAUGCCCGAUUUGGAGGCAAAGGUGCGUAGCGGAAAGGUGGUGAUUGGGCGGCUGCGUGUCUUUUCGUCCUAUACCGCUGGCCUUGCGUUUGUCAGCAGCCCUGCGUUUCCGUGCGAUGUGGUGGUAAGUGGUGUGGAGAACAGGAUGCAGGCGCUGCACGGUGACAUUGUCGCCGUGGAGCUGCUUCCAGAGGAGCAGUGGGCCUCCGCUACAAACGACUCGGAGGCCUAUCCCGACGGUGACGGUGACACCGAUGAUGCUGACGAUGAUCUGAGGGUGCCGAUGCCUCGUACACUUCCCGACGGGCGCGCCAUCACACAGUGGGUGAAGGACACGACGCGCGAGGACGUCUCCAGGCCGGAGGUGAAGCUGGCGAUGACGAUGUCGGCGCCUGGAGUGCACGAAUGGGGUGGAAAAAAACCGUUCGGUGUUGUACUUGCAGUCUUGGAGCGCCGCCGCUCGCUGUUCGUCGUGGCUCGCCUGCAGGACGGCGCACUGGGGCCCAAUGAAAUGGUGCAGAGCAAUCGAUACUACCAGUUUAAAAGCUACGAUCCGUUGUUACCGCACAUUGCAGUGUACGGGCGUGACGUCCCAGCGCCAAUGCUCACCACGCUGGGUAACUACUUCUUUUUGCUGCGCCUCGUGACGCGGGGCGGUGGGGAUUUUCUGUGGACCGCCCACAGGUUCCCUAACGGCAAAAUUUUGCGGCCGCUUGGUGAGGUUGACUCAAUGCGGAUGAAUAGCUUCGCGCUUUGUAGCGCAAAUGAGAUAUCUAUGGCGGACUUCUCAGACGAGGCAUACGCAUGCGUGCCGGAGGUAUGCACGGUGCCUGAGAAGGCUGAGCUAAAGCGCAUGGGGCGCCGCGAUCUGCGCGAGGAGGAGUUUGUCUGCAGCAUCGAUCCGGCAACUGCACGAGACUUGGAUGAUGCACUCAGCAUUACUCGCACACCAGGCGGCUACCGUGUUGGUGUACAUAUUGCGGAUGUCUCGUAUUUUGUUCCACCAGGAUCGCCACUUGAUGAGGAGGCGCGUGACCGUUCAACCAGUGUGUACCUUGUCGAACAGGUGAUUCCCAUGUUGCCACGCAAACUAAGCGAAGAUUACUGCAGUUUGAACCCCGGGAGUGACAAAUUCGCCUUUUCAUGUAUUUUCCACCUUGAUCAUCAUGGGAAAGUCACUUCGGAGUGGUUCGGCCAAAGCGUCAUUCGCAACCGCUGCCGCCUAACAUACGAGGAGGCACAACGCAUCCUGGACGGUGAUGAGGCUGUUUUUGAGACGCUUGAUUACGGUGGCGAGGGGCAGGCAAAGCAGCUUAAACCCCUCGUUGCACUAUCAGUUCGUACCUUGUUUGAGCUGGCAACAAAGUUGCGUGCGGCGAGCAUGCAGCGCGGUCGAAUGACAAUCGGCAACAUGAGGCUAUUCUUCGACUUCGAAGACAUCGCAAAGCCAACCUUUCCCGUCGGUUUCGGCAUCUCGCGACAGAUCGAGGCCAACUGGCUUGUAGAGGAAUUCAUGCUGCUUGCGAACGGACGCGUUGCAUCAAAGAUUAUUGAGUAUCUGCCGGACCAGGCAUUACUGAGGCGCCACGAGCCGCCAGACCGCAAGAAAAUCGCCGCCCUAAGGGAUUCACUCGCGCGUAUCGGUCUCGACCUGCACGGCAGCGCUAGCAAAUCGCUGCAGCUACUCCUAGACAACGCGAAGGUCAGCGAACACUACGAUGAUAUAUGUGUUAUGCUAAAGUAUGCCCUGCAGUCGGCGAAGUAUUUCGCCAAUGGUGGCGAAGAGGCGAAGGCGUACCGAGGUCACUAUGCCCUUGCCAUGCCAUGGUAUACGCACUUCACAUCUCCCAUCCGGCGGUACUGCGACAUCAUCGCCCAUCGCCAGCUGCUCUGCGCACUUGAGAUCGAGUCGAUCGUGAAAAAGGGCCGUGGUGGUCAAGUUGCACCAAGCAGCAUCAAUGUGGACCAGCUCGCCACCCGACAGUUCUUUUACUCCGUCAUUGAAGUGGAAAACAUUGUGGAGGUGGCCAACGUAAAGAAGUUACGGGCGCGUCAAGUGAGCGACGCCUCGCUGGGGCUUUACUUCUGCCAUUACCUCAAGGGGCUGCGGCGGGUGUGGGAGGAAGACGCUAAUUCACACGGGCCUUUCAUUCCACGCGUGGAUGCCGUUGUUGUGCGUGUGGUGGAAAAGACCUCCUGCUUCACGGUGUUUGUGCGGAAGGUGGCGCAGACGGUUGAGAUCAGCCUCAAGAGCAAGGAGCAGCUCUUCAAACAGGUGGGCGAGGUAAAGGGGAAAAAUGGAGACGAAGAAGCGGCCAAAAAGAAGGCGGAUCAAGGGGAGAAGCGGGAGCAGCAGCAAAAAAGGAAGAAAAAUGAGGAAGACGUGAAGAAAGACGGCAAGCUACGCGUCCAGUGGGGGCAGCACCCCAAAAGUGGUGAGGAGGUGGAGGAGGAGCUGGUGCCGAUGACCGUGCUCACAGGCGUGUUGACCAUCAAGAAGCAGAAGGGCUACGAGGAGCUCAACAUGAUUGUCGAUCCUCCGUGGAUGAGAGGGGGCGAGAGAAUGGAAAUUGCUACGACGCUCCAACGGGAGUAA